CGCUUCCUCACUCCCCUUAAGUCCGUUCACUUGCUCCUUGGACGUCGCCCGUGCAUCUGCAACUGCUCCGUGUCUCACCAUGGGCAGCAUAUAUUAGAAAGCCCAGCGCGAUCCACAACGGAAUGGCGCUCUUGCACAAGGUUAUGCUGGCGACUGCGCUCAGCAUGGCCUUCGGGGCAACAGAACGAACAGAUACCGUGGAGCCACAGCAGCCUGGGGGGUGCCAGGCACUGCCAUCGCUCCUUCAGUCCGCGGGCUCGUCCCUAACGUGCAUUGCAGCCUCCUUGAUCAACUGUCAAGCAAAUGAAAAUGCUCAGCUGUCCAUUGCGCAGGACCUGCGCGACACCAUGUCCGAGGUGCGGCGAGCGAUUCUCGACGCGGAGAAGCAGCGGCGGCGGCCGAGGCACUGCCGCGACCUGCAACUCGGCGGCGACUCCGAGUCGGGCGUCAGGCGCGUGUUCCCCUUCCGCGACUCGCCUGACGCGGCUGCGACCGUCUACUGCGACCAGGAGACCGACGGCGGCGGCUGGACGGUGUUCCAGAGGCGGCUCAAGCUCCCUGUGAGGGAGGACUUCAACCGCACGUGGGUCGAGUACGAACUCGGCUUCGGCCACAUGGACGGCGGCGAAUUCUGGCUGGGCCUCGGCCUCGUGCACCACCUGACCUCGACCGGCCUGCAGGAGAUGAGAAUCGACCUCACGGACUACGAGGACAACGCGAAGUGGGCCAAGUACGGGGUCUUCCACCUGGGGGACGCCAGCACCAAGUAUCGGCUGAGAGUCGGCAGGUACAACGGCACAGCUGGCGAUGGCUUCGGCAAUGGCAGACACAACGACCACCCGUUUACCACGAUCGACAACGACAACGACGACAGUGAUUCGAACUGUGCGACUAUCUAUCGUGGCGCUUGGUGGUACGACAAGUGCCACAUAUCCAACUUGAACGGGUUCCCUUAUGAAGGCAAACAUGACAGCUAUGCGGAUGGUAUCGAGUGGCGACCAUGGAGAGGAUAUCAUUACUCGCUAAAAACUACAGCAAUGAUGAUAAGGCCAGCAUUCUGAAGCUUCUGCUGUUGCUCACACACACAGACACACACAUUCUAUUAAUAUUCAAGAUACCAAAAAUAUGGUUAAAGUAACCAUUGUUUGGAUAUUAAUGUAUACACUGCUGCAGAUCUAUCUCUUGCAAAAUCCAUUAUGAAGUUUUAAAUGUCUAUAAUCUUAAAAUAAACAAUAUGCCAA